AAGUUUAAUUUCAGCAUGCACCACAACUGCUGAUGUGCUUCAUAAAGAACCAGCUGGUCCCGUGAUCGUUACCGAAAUACCCGGACCAAGGUCGAAAGAGUUGAAAAAUUCUUUAGGCCACAUUCAGAAAAUGUUUUCAUGCAAUUGUUGUAAUGAUUUCUCCCCUUAUUUUGAGGAGAGUACCGUUUAUUUUCCUAUUGACUUAAUGUUGAACAAUUUUCAGAAUGCAGAAGAGGUAAAAUUCUUCGUUGAUUACGAUAAAUGCAUUGGAAAUUACAUCGCGGACGUAGACGGUAACCUAGUGCUGGAUUUCUACAGUCAGAUAUCUUCUCUUCCGUUAGGAUACAACCACCCCGCGAUCGUUAACGCGAUUCAGAAGGAACAAAAUCUAGCGCUGUUUGCAAAUCGUCCAGCACUGGGCGUAUUCCCGCCGGCGGACUACAUUAAUUUAUUAAACAAUGCCCUUUUGUCGGUGAUUCACAUGGAUUUGUCUCUUCUACGAAGACUGUAUGAAGUUUUCAGAUUAGCAAGUCACAUUCUCACAUUACAGACAUUCGUUUCCUUUCAGGUAGCUCCGGAAGGCAUGAAGCGCGUCGUAGCGACAAUGUCGGGAGCAAAUUCAAACGAAAACGCGAUUAAAACUGCAUUUAUUUGGUAUAUGACAAAGAGACGUGGUGGCAAGGGACCCUCGGAGGCGGAUAAGGACGCUGCCCUUCAUCAACAAAAACCGGGUUCCCCGUCACUCAGUAUUCUAUCUUUUGACAAAGCGUUUCACGGAAGGACUUGCGCUUGUUUGUCGUUGUGCCAUACGAAGGGCAUUCAUAAGGUUGACAUACCUGCCAUGGACUGGCCGGUAGCGCCAUAUCCGGAGUACAAAUAUCCAAUCGAGCAGCAUCUAUCGGAAAACCAGCAGGAGGAUCAAAGAUGUCUUUCGCAGGUAGAAAGCCUGAUAGAUGAAUGGAAAGACAAAAAAAUGGACGUUGCCGGUCUGAUAGUCGAACCGAUACAGGCAGAAGGAGGAGACAACCGUGCUUCAGAUGAUUUUUACCGAGAACUACAGCAUAUCUGCAAAAAGCCCUCGAGAAUCUUUGACACUUGGUUUGGUGAUCCUUCGAAGUUACUGAUGCUCGAGGCGGUUGUGAAGACUCUCAGCAAGGAGAAUCUCAUCGAUAACGUACGCAAGACAGGAGAAGUGUUGCUGAAGGGGUUACAAGAUCUUCAGGUAGGGUUCACAAAGUAUCCAAAAAUUCUCAGCUGCGCAAGAGGUAGAGGUACCUUCUGCGCCGUCACGAUCGCGUCUCCUGCUGAACGUGAUAAAAUUGUGAAGGAAAUGUUGCAGAAUGGAAUAAAUCUUGGCGGCUGUGGAACGCACAGCAUUCGAUUUCGUCCAACACUCAUUUGUCAGCCAAAACACGUCGAGAUUAUGCUUGAUCGCUUAAAAGACGUUCUUGCAAAUAAUUAA